AGGGCGUGGCCGACGCAGUGACGGUUGGAGGGAGGCAAGCAGCAACGGUGUCGGUCCGUCCGUCCGUCCUCCCUCCCCACAUCACGGACACUGUGGGAGAGGAGAGAAAUCUGAUGAAUUGAUGGCUGAACCUCGGGUAUAUAACUGGUCCUUUAUUCCUUUGCAAGGAAGUGACUUUAAGACAGAACAUUAGAUGCACAAGAUAUUGUGCCUUGGAUGAGGAAUAAAUAUCUUAUGCUGCUGAUAAAACCGUGUACUAAUUCCCAAUCACUCCCAAUAGUUUGUGACCUGAAAGGUGCCAACUGCCAAAAACUUGAACUCCAUUGGGAAUCAUAAGUCAAGUGAGGAUGUUUCACUUCAGAAUACUGCCUGCCAUGGCAAUUCUUGGCAACUUCUCCAGACAUUACUAUAGGGUAGUGACCCCAAACAAGCAUCGGCGCAAACUGAUGAUGAUAACAUUUACUGGAGUCACAACGGUUUCAGUGACAGCAAGUUUGUUAUGGAAAAGAGCACAUGCAGAGGGUGCUAACUCAGUGAAACGCACACCCAGAGAUGACUGUUUAGGAGUUAAGGAGGAUCAAGGUGAUGAGAAAGCUGUGAAGUCACAGGAAGAGGAGGGACAGGCUGAAAAGAAGAAGAAGCGGAGGGGCUUUAGAGAUCGAAAGGUCAUGGAAUAUGAGAACCGAAUUCGUGCUUACUCCACUCCAGACAAAAUCUUCCGAUACUUUGCCACAUUGAAAAUCAUCAAUGAGAAUGGAGAUUCCGAAGUAUUCAUGACACCCCAAGAUUUUGUGCGAUCAAUCACGCCAAAUGAAAAGCAACCAGAGAAUCAGGGUUUGGACCAAUUUAUAGUGAAACGAUAUGAUGGAAAGAUGUGUUGCAGUCUUCGUAUGGCUGUUGUUUCUCUAAAGAAGCUUGCCCAUGGACGGGAGAAGUUUGCUGAUGAGGACAGCAUAUUUUACACACUGGGCGAGUGCGGGCUGAUUUCCUUCUCCGAUUACAUUUUUCUCACCACUGUUCUGUCCACUCCACACAGGAAUUUUGAAAUUGCCUUUAAAAUGUUUGACCUGAAUGGUGAUGGUGAGGUUGAUCUGGAGGAGUUUGAACAGGUUCAAAGUAUUAUUCGAUCACAGACUAGUAUAGGCAUGCGUCAUCGAGAUCGCUCAACAACAGGGAAUACGCUGAAAUCGGGAGUUAGCUCAGCACUCACCACUUACUUCUUCGGUGCAGAUUUAAAGGGAAAACUAACUAUUAAACAUUUCUUGGAGUUCCAGCGUAAACUGCAACAGGAUGUUCUCAGAUUGGAGUUUGAUAGACAUGACCCAGUAAAUGGACGAAUCUCAGAGCGUCAGUUUGGCAGCAUGUUGUUGGCAUACAGUGGCGUUCAGUCUAAGAAACUCACAGCAAUGUUGAAAAGUAUCAAAAAGCAAUUCAAAAAUGCAGAGGGCAUCACCUUUGAGGAGGUAGAAAACUUCUUCACCUUUCUGAAGAAUAUUAAUGAUGUGGACACUGCACUGAGCUUCUACCACAUGGCUGGGGCCUCGAUUGAUAAAGCAACCAUGAAGCAGGUCGCCAGGACGGUGGCACACGUGGAACUUUCUGAUCACGUUUGUGAUGUUGUUUUUGCUUUGUUUGAUAGCGACGGAAACGGGGAGCUGAGCAACAGGGAGUUCAUUUCCAUUAUGAAACAGCGACUGAUGCGUGGACUGGAGAAACCAAAGGAUACCGGCUUCACGCGGCUUAUGCGUGCAAUGUGGAAGUGUGCACAGGAAACUGCCUGGGACUUGCCUUAUCUAUCCAAGUAGUGAGAAACAGGAAUAGCUCAGCUACUCAGUAGCAGCUGUAGCACAGAUUGCUUGAAGAAUUGUCAAGAGGACUAAACUAGAAUGCCUUAACUCAUGGGAUAUAAAGUUGCAGAUUUUAUUUCCUGUUAUGUUAUGAUUUAUUUUUAAAUAUGAGACAGUUUGCAUGUCAGAUACAAUGGCAGGUUUCAAUGGAGAAAUCUGCUCUGAUGCAUCAGUAGAUUGAAGAGGCUUCUUAUUAAUCUGGUCAGCUUGUUUCUAACUGUGAGAGACCAGUACUGGAAACAGUUAACGCCAUUGUUCAUUUAUGCUUGAACACCGUAGAGAUUGCAAGUGAUUGGAAGGAUUUCUCCGAUGCUUUGGAGUUACUCUGAGUGGACUCGGAUACAGACCCACUGACUACCUGUACAGUGGCCACAAUGACUCUUCUAAGUUGUGUUUCAGUGUGAGCCUAAUUUGCACUCUGUGUUCCCAACAACUACCCUGAGCAACAGUACUGGUCAGGUUCAAGGUGUUGCUGAACACAGCCCAGGUUGCUUCACCCUCACAACGUGGGGAAGAAACUGACAGUGAAUUCUCCUGAAGGAGCUCUACUAAUCUGACUUGGUGACCCUAUGAUGCUUUAGUCCCUAACUGGGGGUAUUUAUAAGGAGGGGAGGGCAUUCAUCAAUCUCCCUCCCCAGCUUCUGAUAGCAGCUGUAAUUCAAUGUAUUAAAACACUUCCAACACAAUUGACCACAAAACAGAAAGGAAGGAUUUGCGAUCAAAAGAGUGAGUUUCUGCAAUGUAGCUAGUUGCAAUGCAUUAGGACAACACCUCCAGUAAUAGAGCAACACUGGGUCACAGCAUUGAAUUGUCAGUGGCUUGAAAUCAGUUCUCAACCUGAAGCAUACUGACAACUGAGAGAAGCUGUGGGCCUGGUAUUGCAUAUCAUUUUGUGUGUCGAUACUGGACUGUCAUGUACAGUGUGACAGAGUUUCACCCAAACCAGUGCUCAUUCAAUUUCUGCUAACUGUACAUCACAUCCAGUCACUUGAAUCCUGUUGAGUAUAGUUUGUGGUGUCAAAUAUCAUAACGUUAGAAUUGACAAACUUGCUCUUGCAAUUGCAACAGCUUCCUCUCUCAAACCAUUUUCCCCUGUUCUUCUCUCUUCCCCCCCCCCCCCCCCCCAAGUGGCUGGCAUUUCAAUAAGACUUGCUGUCUUCUGGGACAGCCUCCCCCUUCAGAUACUAAUGUUUCAAAUACGUUAUUGUACAGAUAAGAUUGGAAAUGACCUUUUCCAUUUGUGUUGAUUUGUAUUUGUUUAAGGCCAUAACCAUCAUCUCUUCCUUCAGAUCCUAGAAAACAGGCUGGAAAUUCAAAUUCUAAUUCUGAUUUGAUGCUUGUUAUGGAUUUGAGUAUUUCCCAUUACUGUUCAAGCACUGUCUUUAAACUUCCCACUGCUCCUCUUAUUAAAAUGUGCAUACAUCACAUAACAGUGGGCAAACCGUUAAUGCAAUUUCAUGGUUCUCCUCCUGCUGUUUCACUGAGUGAGCAAAGAAAGUGUUCAGCACCAAUGUUCGGUAUAGUUUAGAUUUGCUCUUGCACUAGGCGUGAGUUCUUUUCAUAAUGGUUAUUUAGUAAAAAUGAAUGUAAAAAAUCUGAAAUAAAUGUUUCCC